UUUUUAUUAUAAUAUUUUACAUAAAAUUAUCAAUUUAUAUAAAUAAUCUAAAUUAAUUGUUCAGAAAUUUAUUUAAUCAUUAUUUUUGUUAUUAAUAUCCAGUUAAAAUUAAUUAGUUAAUUCAGUAUUUUAAUAUUUUUCAUUUUAGUAUUAGAUUUACAAUAAAGUAGAAUUAAUGUAAAGCUUAAAUUAUUUUGCUAUAAAAAAUUGGAUUAUAAUGUCAAUGAAUUCACAAAAACGAAAAGCUUGUGACCCUGAUUCUUACUCUGACAGUGUAUGGAAACAAACCAAAGGAAAUGUAGUCAGUAAAUUAAAAUACUCCGAACCAUUUGGCUUUUUUCUAUCGGCUGUUGAUUCUAAUCCAUUAACUCAUAGUGAAGAUUUAACUUUAUCAUUUCCUGAACUCUUAGAUAAAAGUCUUGGAGAUUUAAAAGAGUCUCUUCAUAUUAAUUUUAUGGUAGAACUUGGUUGGCUUUUGGCUCAGUAUUACAUUACAAACCAAAGAGGGAAAACUGUUUAUUUAUUGUAUGAACAUUGCGAUGAAGAUUUAAAUACUUUAAAAACAAUGAAUAAAAUUCCAAACCUAAGAUUUACUCAAGUGAAGCCUCAAAAUGUAUUUGGGCAUCAUCACACGAAGAUGUCUAUGUUUUUAUAUUCUGAUGGUUCCAUACGUAUUGUAGUGAUGACUGCCAAUUUACGUGAAGAAGAUUGGACCAACUUAACUCAAGGAAUAUGGGUUAGUCCAAAGUUUCCUCAACUUCAUAGUACUGACAAGCAUAAUGGAGAAUCAACAACUGGUUUUAAAAAUGAUAUUCUACGUUAUUUACAAUCAUACAAAGUUGAAUUAUUAGAAAAUUGGAUACAAAGAAUCAAAAAAACUGAUUUUAGUAGUGCCAAGGUAUUUUUCAUCUCAAGUAUUCCUGGUAAACAUUUUGAGCCACUAUGGGGUCAAACCUAUUUAAGAAAUAUUUUAAAAACACAUGCUCAUAUACCUUCUGGAUCUCCGUCUGAUUGGCCUAUCAUUUCUCAAUGUUCUUCAAUAGGAUCUUUAGGAGCAAAUGAAAAAGAUUGGUUGACUUCAGAGUUCAUAUUUAAUCUAUCAUCAUCUACUCAAAACUGUAAAACAGAUAAUAAUAUUCCUUUUAAUUUGAUAUACCCAACUGUAAACAAUGUUCUGAAUAGUUGGGAUGGACCUAUGGGAGGUUUCUGCUUACCAUAUAGUGAUAAAGUCCAUCAAAAACAAGUUUGGCUUAAAAAUUAUAUGUGUAAAUGGGUUAGUCACUCACGGAACCGAACAAAAGCUGUUCCACACAUAAAAUCCUAUUGUCGCAUAUCUCCUUGUUGUUCUGAGAUGUCAUGGUUUUUACUAACUAGUGCUAAUUUAUCAAAAGCUGCCUGGGGUAGAGAAACAAAAUCUGACAGAAGCAAUUAUUUCAUGUCACAUGAAGUUGGAAUUCUUUUCCUACCUCAAUUUUUAGUUGGAUGUGAUACAUUUUCUAUAAAUCAAACACAAAAUGGCACAAUUCCAUCAUUUCCAAUUCCUUUUGAUUUACCUUUAACCCCUUAUUCAAAGAGUGAUCAACCAUGGCGUGCAGAUAUAGUAUCUUAAUUUUAAAAAAUGAUUAAUAUGUUAGAAUUGAAUAAAUAAUUAUUUAUAAGAUACUUUUUACUAUUUAAACUAAAAUCCAAAUUUUAUAUGUGAUAUUUUUUUUUUACUUAAAUAUAAUUAAUUAUCGAUAAUUUACUUUAUUUUGUAUGCAUUCAUGUGUUUUAAUAAAAUUUAAAAACAAAAUUAAA